AUGGCUAGUGCUGGCUCGCGAGGAGAGGACAGCCACCUCCGCUCCGUCGCCCUUGGCCUUAUCACCGACUUGUGUGCUGCGUAUCGCUCUACCUACGCCGCGCUCCAUCCUAACCUGCUACGGGCCUCUAGAGCCUUCCCGGAGUUGGAGGAUCUCCAGGAGGACACCCCUGACCCUCAGACGGAGGCCUCUGAUCUCGAGCAGGCUGCCCUGCCAGGACCCUGCCUGGGCGUUGGGGGGCCGCUGGACAGUUUUCGCUCUAAGGCUGCUGCCCGUAUAAGAGAGUUGGAGAUGCAGAUCGGCGUCAUGGCUGAGAAGCAUAAGGAGAGGGAAGAUUCGUUGGAGUCAGCGAUACGGGAUCUGGAGGCUAAGGUGGACAAGGCUGCGGUAGGUGGUCAACUUCAGAGAGGCACCGAGACAUCUCCUGUCUCUAAGUUGGCCCUGCCCGUUAGUGCAUCAGCCCGUGCGGCGGCCCCGCGGAAGCAGGAGAGCAGCGGCAGCCGCAAGUCGGUGCCAACGAGGAGCCCUCGAGUAGUGGGGGAUCCUCCCACGAAAGAGAUCACCAGAUCCACCAAAUCUCUUACGGAAGAUGAUGGUGCCUUGAAGAGCGCGCGGCACAAGGGGGCCGUCCUGGUUCUGGAGGGAGCUGCGGCUGAAGAGUGCUCCAAUUUGGUGAAGGCAUUCGCCAAGCCGAUGGAAGUUAUGUAUCUGCAGUGUUGCCAUCAGAGUGUCAGUCGAUCGUCUCUCAAGCAUCCCCGUCAUAGUUCCUCUCGAGGGCACCAGGACACAUCGCCAGCAAUAGCACUCCUGAACCUCCUCACGUUCUUGCGUGAUGCGAAGAUCAUACCUCACAUAACGCCUCGAGCUGUGGCUGAGGAGUUCAUAUCGAGUAUGGAGCACCCAAUACGGCUGCCUCAAGCCAUAGAGCUCAUCGCCCAAUGCGCCUUCUAUGGCGUGGACCCGCUGGAGUGCAGACCAUGGUCACAAUGGGGUGUCCUCGUUCCUUUGCCGGAGCAUCAGGAAGCACGGCAGUUGCAGAGUAUGCUGCAACACCUUAUGAAUCUGGCGACCCUGCCUGGGGGGGCUAGAGGGGCGAGCGAUAAGAUGAGCAUGAGCUCAGACGAGUGGGCCGCGGCGGUCCGCAAACUGGUCCGCCGUUAUGUACGAUCGGCUAUUGAGUCGUUUGAUCCGAGCAGUAGAGAGCUGUCGGACGAGCCCAUGAUCCCUCCUGGCUUUGCCUUGUCGCCUGAUGGUAAAUCUAUAUAUGUUGCGGACAAGUCGUGGAACCGAGAAGGAAGGACUGCCUCCCGGAAACAGCAGCAGCAAACGGCAGAGUCCAGACAACCGGUGCAUACGGAGUUGCUGUACAACAUGGCCUCGGCAUCCUCCGAUGCUAGUCUUGACUCGUCCUCGGGGGGCCAACGGCUCCAUAGUAGCGGUAAAACAAAGGGACAUUCUGGAAAGCAUCGGGCGGGGAGUGUACUGAGCCUUGCUGGGGGCUUGGCCGCACCUACGAAGACGCUACCGGAAGAGGCCGACAAAUUUCUGCUUAGUCACGACCGAGCGCAGAGAGUCCUCGGAGAGACCUGGCUGAAUAGGGCUACUCAGACGAUACAUAAGCAUUUCCUGCAAACACAAUCUGGUGAUGUGGACGCAUGUGCUGGGCUUCGGCUACCAGCCUUUACCAAGUGCCUCACUGGCUUCCUCAAGCUCCUGCCUGAUGUUAGUAGUGCGAAGUUGCUCUUUCGUAGAGUGGCUGGGGCGGGCUCCCAGGAGGUGGACGUUGGAGGCCUCGGACGGGCAGUCCUGGCAUCGGCCUGCGUCACACCAUACGGUCAGGCUGCUAUCAAGGAGUGGCCCUCGGCCUUGCAGCUCAUGGAUGAGCAUCCUGAUGUUCUGCUGGAUGUAGGGGUGCAGGCCCUCUACCAGCGCGAUUUCAAGGACCUCGCUGCCUUGAGGUCCAGACUGCAUCAUUUCAGUGCGGGCUCAUUGCCACAGCAGACACCGGACCAGAUGAGGUGCCGUUUGGGGUUUUUGAGGGUUGUUGCUGAAGGUGGUCGUUGCAGGAAGGAUGUGGCUGAGCUCCAAGGAGUAGUGGUACGCUCCGGAGCCGUGCCCAUGAGCAUGCCGAUGGAUGAAAGUGAAGGGGGCAAUGACGACUCGAAGACGUCUAUAGCCGAGCCGACCAACCCAGCAGUCGCUAAUACACCGAAAGUGGAGGAGGCCACCGAGGGCUCCCAGCCAGCAAAGGAGGAUGUCCAGACUGGUCCUCCGCCCCAGACUGAGAGUCAACUUGUUGAGGGUGAGUUAGCUGAUGAAGCUAAGGUUGAGGGACCCGUCCCAGCGAGUCCGGAGGCGAACAACGAGGAUGCCGCGGAGGUCAAUAGCCCUGAUUCGUUGAAUGAAGACCAGCAGGGGAAAGGCAGAGGAUCGGGAUUGCCCGAGUCCGUUAGUGUUGUCGAGCAGUCCUCAGCUGAAGUCCUUGGCGAAACAGCAGGUGAGAGCGAAGAGGCUCAAGUUUCCAAUGCUGAGGGCGCUGAGGAUAACCUCGCUGGAGACCCAUCGCCGUGA